CUUCUCUAAGAGGGAGGGAAAAAAGACGAAAGCAAGCUGCUCAAGUCUUUAUUGAAUUCAAAGAUCCGUAAUAAUGUUUUUGCUUCCUUGAUGGAUUCUCCUACGAAAACAGGGCAGGUUUACUUACAACCUCGCAAAGCUGGCAAAUACUUUUCUCUUUCCUUUUAGAAAUGGAAGCCUGUGUUGUUGUCACUGGUUCCACCCAGCAACAAUGGGGUUGGUCGAUUGGAGAUUCAGUUUAUAGCAGGUGGCAGUGGAGCAAGGGAACAUAUUGGAGGGCUGAAGAGACACCACCAGUUGCAAGAAAGCAAGGUCAAAGUGGUCCGACUCUCUGAGCUUAUAAGUGUCCAAAAACUCCCACCAAAUGCUGAAGCCUGUCCCAUGGUGCCUGAAAACAUGUCCGCUUUUUGUGUGGAGUCGCAAGACAGAACAUUGGUUUUUGCUACACAAAAAGAUGAUUGUGUGGACUGGGUAGAGAAACUUUGUCAAGGAACCUUUCAGAGGAGCACUGGCUCAGACACUAAUGAGCUUCGUAUGGAGGAAAAUCAGAUAUAUGCAACGACAAAUGAUGAGUUCAGUGUGGUGGUGCAAAGGACAGAUGCAGCAAUACGUUGUGGACUGCAAGGAUCAUACUGGCUACAGGUUGGACAAAAGACCCUGCUUUUGAAAGAUACCCAGAAAGUCAACAUUGUAAGACAAUGGCCGUAUGAACUGCUAAGACGAUAUGGUAAAGAUAAGUUGGCCUUAACGAUUGAAGCAGGAAGAAGAUGUGACAGUGGUCCUGGAACAUUCACCUUUGAAACACAACACUCUGAGAAAAUAUUCAACCUGAUUCAGAGCACAAUCAAGCAAAAGACUUUAGCUGUUACAUCAAGUAACCUUCAUCAGGAAGAAGAUAAAGGUUUAGUUGCCAAGAAACAAGUUCAUUCCCCUCUGCCUGAAAUACCAGAGAUGGCCAGUGCGGCCUCCAUUGUGGAAAACGCAAAUAUACAGAUAGACACAUCUCCCGGCACAGAAGACAAUAUGGUAUGUCAAGAUUGUUCUGCUCACUUAUCCGAAAAUCAAUUACAGCCACCUCCAAUCACUCUCAUGCCUCUCCCAAUGGUUCCAAUAUUUGACAAACCCUGUCGAGAUCUUCAUGGUUGUCAACCUGAAGCGGAAUAUGCCAACCCAGCUGACUGCAUCAAAAAUUUACCAAAACCUAGAGCUACCAUGUCUCAUGUGUAUGUGGACCCCGCAAGUGUUCUUCCCCUUCAUCCUCCAACUUCAAAAGAAACUAUAAAUCUAAGCUCCAAGUCAUUCAUACCACACCCUUGCUCCAUCACCAGUCACCCAGAUUCUGUUUAUUCAGAAGUGUAUGAUAAAGUCAAUGUGGGCAAGAAUGAACAAAAUGCCAGUUCAAGUGAGCAACAUUUUAAGCAUUUGACAGAGGAUGAACCAAUUUAUGCUGUGCCCGUGAGCAAGGAAGAUGAAGUGUCUGAUAAAGAUGAAACCAAACCAGACCCUUUUGCCCAUCUCUAUGCUCAAGUGAACAAAACACCUCCAUCAUCGAGUCCCUCUUCAACACCACCUCCCCCCUCUUCAUCAUCUUUAGUUAGCAGCAUCGCUGCUGCCAAAAUCUCGGACAACCCUCUUGAUGAUGUAAUCUAUGAAAACCUGGGCAUCAUUUAGUAACUCGGUUGUUUGUUGGUGAUUGUAUAUUCUCAAAGCUGAACAACCUAGUUGUCCAAACUGUCAACUGUACGUUAAGAAAUGUACCGUAUUGGCCCGAAUAUAAGAUGACCCCUAUUAUAAGACGACGCCCUCUUUUUCAAGACUCAAGUUUGAAAAAAGACUUUUCGAACACCGAAUCAAAUUUUUGUACAGAAAAUAAUUACAUCUGAAACAAAUGAUUAUAACAAUAUAUUCGAGAGAAAAAGCAUGUUAUUUUGCCUCAUUCAAAUCAUGCAAAAACGGUCUAUCACAUCUUAACCUUACUGGCCUGUUAGAGUCAUUCUUUUUUUUGAGUUCUAGCUCGCAUAAAGUACUUCAUACAUUUGUUUUUUGCGUUGAAACUUUUUGACUUUGUCAGGGACUUCCAUUAAACAAAAUUUUUAUUAUUAUUAUUAUUAUUAUUUUACUAAAUUAUAAAGUGCUCUGGUGAAGAAAGUUAGUUUUGCUGUAUUCGGGUCAUUUUUUACCGGUUAAAAUUUUCGAUUAUAGAACAAUAAAAAAUGCAGCAGAAGGCAAGGAGUGCCCACACAAUUGCAGUGCGUACACUUGUACCUUUUUUUUUUUUUUUUUUUUUAAAAAAGGUUAUUAUAAUAAGAGUUCUAAAAACAUAUUUACAGUGUUGUACCUUGUUAUAGAAAAUUGUUAUAAUAAUAAAAGAGUUCUAAGAACAUAUUUACAGUAUGUACACUUCUACCUUGUUAUAAAAAAAAUUAUAAUAAAAGUUUUUCUAAAAACAUA